GGAACAACCGAUGGGAUGACCAUGACAAAUAGAAAAUCGACGACCGGCGAAACCGAUAGCCGAACAGGAAUUGAGCUAACAGGAAUUGCACAGAUCGACGACGCGAGGCCCGAUCUGGUGAGCACGACGCAAAGGUGGGCGUCGCUGCCGCUGCUCCGACACGAAGUACUUGCUGCCGAGGCAGACGAGCACAACGGAGGCCGGGGUCUGGGCAUCGAGCCAGCGCAUCACGCAGUUUGGAAACCACACCACCCACACGAAGCGCUUGCCGCAGAGCACCAGACCGCGCGCCAUUCGCGCAGAGCUCCAAAAUCGCGCGCCGAACUGGGAGCCAAGGCGAGCGCGGCAAGUGAGCUGAGGGGGCACGUCAGGAAACUCAAUGGCGGCGAUCUGGGCGAACGCGACACAGGAGACCAGAGUGAGAGGUGCGCUGACGAGGAAGCAGGAAGCCGCGACGAGGGAGCUCGGCGCGCAGACUGGGCGAGCUGGGCGCGCAGAGGAGAAACCGGAGAGCUCGGCUGGGGCUGGUUGAGGGAGAACCGCGGCGCAGAGAGCUCAGCGCGGCGUCGGGGGCGCGUCGGCAGGGAAGCAAGCGCGCGCGAGGCGCGCGUGGCCACUAGAGCUGGAGGGCGCGCGGACGAUGAGCAGGAAGUCGCGUCGCCGGAGGAGCAGGGGAGAUGGGUGUCGUACAGGGGCAGGUCGAGCGCGCUAGGGAGCUGCCGCGCGGGGAAGAAGCCGGCUGCGCGCGGCAAACAGAGAGCGGGAACCCGGGCGCGCGAUAUCCGGUGGAGAAGCAGGACGUUGCCGCGGCCAUGGAAAGCAGGCGCGGCUGGGCUGGGCGAUCCAGGGACGCGCAGGGAGCAGGACGCGCCAUGGGAGCACGGAGGGGAAGCCGCUCGGCUGGGAGGAGAGAAGCGAAGCUCGGCCGGCGGCUGCCUGAAGAAAGAGCAGAGGACGCUGGCGUUGAGGGCAGGGCCGAGCUCGGCGGCCAUGGCCGAACAGAGAGCAGAGCAGGGGCGCGGACGGCGGAACUCCGGAUCGGCGCGGCUGGAAGAAGCUCGGCGAGCAGAGAGGACUGGAGGGAGCUCGGCGGCCAUGGCAGGGGCUCGCGGCCGGCAGAGAGCUAGCGCCACGGAGAGAAGAAAAAUCCUGGGCACGCGUGCACAGGGAGUUCGGCACGGUGCGGCGGGAGAUUGAAGAAAGGGGAGGAACGCCGUGGGGCAGGGCGAGCUCGCCAGAGAUGGAGCUCGGUCGCUGCUGAGGAAGAGAGGGAGCAG